CUGACAGGUUGGGGCCAGUGGUCUUCCUCAGAGUUGAGGGUUUGAGAGCACCAGAACACUCACACACUGGUUGGUGAAGAGUCCUUGUGAGUUAGGAGGCUAUUUUUAACCUGUGAAUCAUCCAUCCUCAUCCUCAACACUCUCAUCAUUAUAGUCUAACACAAAAAGGGAUUAUGUUCAACUAGCUUGUGCCAUUGAAUUGUCAGCCCUUUACAUACAACAAGAAUAGAAGAUAACAUCUAGUCAGAGUGGAUUCAAGGUCACCUAAAUAUGGAAACGAGAGGACCUUUCCAUGGCCUAUUCAUUCUUGUGUUUUUAAUCGCACAAAGCCAUGCUCAGACGUACUCGGUGGUGGCACCUAAUGUGGUCCGGCCCAAUUCGGACUUUUUCGUGGCUGUGUCGGUUCACGACACCACCACCGAUCAAGAUGUUGAGCUCCGGAUCCGAGGCACUUCUGAUACGGGCCAAACCAUCGAGAUUCGGCAAGAGGCUCGCGUUCAGCCCGACCAAACCCAAAUUGUGAGACUCCGCAUUGGUGAUUUGGGAAGUGGAACCUACACUCUGUCAGCCAAAGGCAACAAUCCAAUUGUGUUUGAUCAGACCCAAGAUUUGACUUACGUGCACAAAGGCUACUCUGUUUUUAUUCAAACAGAUAAGGCAAUCUAUCGACCUGGAAAUGUGGUCAAAUUCCGGGCCAUCGUCGUCACUCCUGAAUUAAAACCCAGCGUUGUAGGAUCAAUUGAUGUCAAGAUGCAAGACGGUAGUGGGAAUUUGAUCAAAAAUUGGAACCGCGUUUUUACCACGAAAGGCGUGUUUGCCGGCGAAAUUCAACUCGCGGAUUCAGUGGUCAUGGGCGACUGGAAUAUCACGGUGGACGUGAACGGUCAGAUGUUCUCGAAGAACUUCUUGGUGGCCGAAUAUGUUCUUCCAAAAUUUGGGGUAGACAUCGAGUUACCUGAUUUUGGAACCUUUUCCGGAGGAGAGACGACUGCUACUAUCAAAGCAAACUAUCACCACGGUGGAGCUGUCAAAGGCGAAGCCACCAUUGCCAUCUUUCCCAAAUACAAGUCUUCCUACCUCCAACCUGUCUUCUCGGAACCCAUUCGCAGAAUCAUUGACAUCAAUGGACAGGUGGACCUGACCUUAGAUCUGGCCAAAGAGCUCAAGUUGAAAGACGAUUUUGCCCGCGAGAUUGUCUUUAGCGUUCAAGUGAAAGAAGAUUUGACUGAGCGCGUGCAAAAUAAUACGGCGUCCAUGUUCUUAUACAAACACGCUUACAAAAUGGAGCUUAUUCGCACCGCAGAUGCCUUCAAACCCGGAAUGCUUUACUCCGCUUUCCUGAAAGUAGCCUACCAGGACAACACGCCAGUGGCUGACGACCUCAACCAGAUUGCAAUCAAAUGGGGCUAUGGAACCGAUGUAGAAAAGUACAAUUCCACUGAGAUCACUAUUCCAGAAGAUGGCAUUGUCGAGUUGCAAUUUGAUGCCCCAAAGAACACUCGUGCUCAAGCUCUUGGAAUCGAGGCCACUUACAAGGAGUUGGUUCAAUGGUUUUCCACUGUGCCGAGAGCAACAUCCUCUUCCGAUAAUUAUAUUCAAGCCCGAUUGAGAACUCUUAACCCGACAGUUGGAGAGAAUGUCCGUAUUGGUAUAUCCUCCACCGAGGGCCUGCAGUCCUUCACGUACCACAUAUUCAGUCGGGGAAAACUGGUCUUUGCCGAGACCAGUCGGGCCAACAAUCAAGACUACAACGAAAUCAACAUCGUGGCCAACAGUGAUAUGUCACCACGAUGUCGCGUUGUGGUCUAUUAUAUGCGCCCUGAUAAAGAAAUUGUGGCCGACUCUUUAGAAUUCGAAAUCACAGGAGCCUUAGCCAAUGAGGUCGAGGUUUGGGCCAGUAGAAAGAGUGCUUUGCCCAAUAGUGACGUGACCGUUAACGUUAAAUCAAAGCCGAACUCGUUCGUUGGUAUCAUGGCCGUUGACAAAAGUGUUCGAGCUCUGAAAGCCGGACACGAUAUCAUUCACUCGGACGUCAUUAGUGAACUCCGCAGUUACGACUCGGGUAAGGUUCCGGCAUUUUUCCCCUGGUUUCAAGUGAUUUCCCCGAAAGAGGGUUCGCUGUAUUGGUACACAGGAAGCCGAGGAAGUCAAAAUGUGUUCAAGCAAUCAGGCACCGUGAUUUUAACCAACGGUGUCCUUCAAAGGGGUUCAAAACCAAACGUUGGCGGUUUUGAUGACCGACGUAGUGAAAAUCGUCAAUCUGGACGGCCUCUGCCUCCGCCAGAUGUGGAUACACUUCAAGCCGAUCAAGGCCCAGCCCUGGAAUACGAAACGGUCACUCGGCCACCAUUGGCUGGGCCAUAUGCCUUCUCCAGACUACCCCGACCCGUUGACAAUCUUCCAAAGGUGUACCUGAGAAACGACCUCCCCACGACGUGGUUGUUUGCUAACGCCACUACCGAUUUAGAUGGACAAGCAUCCUUAUCUGUACAAACACCAGAUAUUGCCAACACCUCAUGGGUGAUCUCAGCCUUUUCCUUGGAUUCCCUCUACGGCAUGGGGAUAUCGGAGACACCCCACGCCCUGGAGGUGUUGCAACCCUUUAUUGUCAAAGUUGAUCUGCCCCAUUCCGUCAAACGGGGAGAGACUGUGGCCGUCCAAAUGAUUGUUUACAAUUACUUGAAGCGGGAAAUCACCGCGGAAGUCACGUUAGAGAAUCCCGGGGGGAAGAGCUUCCUGUUUGGUUCGAAGAAUCCCAAUAGCGUUGACGACAAAGAACCAGACGUGGAACUUUUCAGAACGAAGCGAGUGCCGGUGAAUCCUGGACGAGGAACCCUCUUGACAUUCAUCAUUACGCCCAUCGAGGUGGGCAUCACGGAGAUGAAGAUUACGGCUAAAAGCGCUGCUGGGAAUGAUGUUCAGGUAAAGAAGCUCUUAGUGGAAGCAGAAGGUGUGCCCGUUCAUAAUAACACGGCUUUUCUUCUGGAUUUGAGAAAAACCAGGGCCAUGGAAUUUAAUGUCACGCUCGAUGUCCCUGAAUUUGCAGUCCCGGGAUCGGAGCGAGUUUACAUCUCGGCUGUAAAUGAUCCCAUUGGACCCACCAUCAAUAACCUGAAAGACCUUUUGUACUAUCCAUUGGGUUGUGGCGAACAAAAUAUGCUGAAAAUGAUCCCGGCCCUCAUCGCCAUGCAAUACUUGCAAUCGAUUGGGAAGGCUGGAACCAGCAGCUUGCAACAAACGGCCAAUUAUCUCCUCGAGGAUGGUUAUCAACGUCAGCUUGUGUUCAAAUUAGAGGAUGGCUCAUUCUCGUCCUUCGGCAGUACCGAUCGUCGGGGAUCCAUUUGGGUAACGUCGCUCGUGGCCAGAUACUUUGAACAGGCCUCCCCAUACGUGGACAUUGACAGUGAAGUGGUUACAAGAACUUUGGAAUGGCUAACCGAACAACAGCAACCCACGGGAGCCUUCGCCGAGACGGGUGAAAAUUACAAUCAUCGCCUACAAGAAGAUGACAAGGCCUUAACUGCCUUUGUGUCGCUUGCCUUUAUGGACAAUGCUUUUAACCUGGAUGCCUCUUUGCAAAACAGCAUGAAUAGAGCCAUCAGCUUCUUAGCCGAGACUUGGUCCGACCUUGAGGACCCUUACAUCUUGUCGAUUGUGGCGUAUGUUUUGGAACGUGGAAAUCACCCUCAAAAAGACAACAUUUUCGUCAAGCUCGAAUCCAAGUCCAAGGUAAAAGACAACAAGAAAUGGUGGGAGAUCGACUUAGAAGGAUUUGAAAAAGCCAACCCAUGGACUCUGAAUCCGAAUUCGGCUAACAUCGAGAUGACCUCUUAUGGGUUACUCACUUUGCUGCAUAAGGACCAAUUCGAUGAAAGCAUCCCCGUGGCCAAUUGGCUUCUGUCACAGCAGAAUGAAAAUGGAGGGUUUGCUUCCACCACGGAUUCGUUCGUGGCCAUUCAUGCUCUGCUAGAGUUCAACAAGAAAAUGAACUCCGUGCUCACCACCACCAAAGUGGACGUGCAAUACUCGUAUUUAAAUACGGUCCGUCGAAUCGAGCUAGACACGGAAACCUCGACCGUGAUGCAAAAGCGAAUCCUCCCGCAAACCACCCGUGAGAUUCAACUCAGAAUCACGGGUAUUGGCAUGGCCGUUGUGCAAGUUGGCUUUCAAUACAAUCUGAAUGUAACCGCGGCCUGGCCCAGCUUCGUGGUCAAUCCCCAAGUGUUUAAGCCCUCAACCGCCAAUCAUAUGCAGUUAACCGUGUGUGCCAACUACAUCGAGGGGGGUGAUAGCCGUUCUUCGAAUAUGGCCGUUAUGGAGGUGUCCCUACCCAGUGGGUUCACAGCAAAUAUGGAUGCCUUACCGGCCUUGAGGCGAUUUAAGGGAGUCAAACGAGUGGACACCGAGCGUUCAGAGACCAAAGUUGUGCUUUACUUUGAGCAACUGACCCGGUCCGAGGUAUGUCCGACCAUCUCAGCCUAUCGCACUCAUCGGGUUGCCAACCAGAAGCCUUCCUCUGUCCUUGUGUAUGAUUACUAUGACCAAUCUCGAGUUGCCAGAUCGUUUUACGACAGUGUUCCAGCUACCCUUUGCGACAUUUGCCAAGGCGAAGAUUGUCCUGAUGAUGGUUGUCCCACUCGUCCUUCAUUCCCUACUUACAACAAUUAUUUCCAUAACGCUAUUGACAAUGUGGACACAUACUCGGGUGUGUGUGCCCUGUCCUCUUUGUCACUUACCUUGCACUCUUUUGUCAUGAUGAAUGUUCUCGCUUGGGUCAUCGCUCUCCAUUUGGUCCAUCCCUAGUCGGUGUGUUGGCACCACCAUCUUUUGUUCCGAUUCUUCAGCGCCGCCACUUUCAGGAUCCACGAUCAAGGAGGAGAACUUCGUGGGGUGGGGCGGGGGAAUUGGUGCAUGCUCCUUGUGGAUGAACGAAACUGUUGGGGAGAAGUGAUACCCUCCACCAUUGACAUUGAAAAUGACUCACCAUGCUACUCUCCUACUUAGGCUGUGUUAACAUAAAUAUUGUAGGUCAACGAAUAAUCACCGCACCAUUCCAAUAAUCCUGUCUUCUAAGAUCAAACGAAAAAAAAUACAACCACAAACAUCGCAAAUGAAUUACUGAAUUCGCUUGUGUUGCCAAUUAAA